AUGGCCGUGUGCCGUGUAUAACCCCGCGUUUGUUGUUGCUCGUGUGUGCUGGAGUUGUUGGAUAGAGAAGAGCAGAGAGCGAGUGACGAGGAACGAGUAGCAAGUAGCUCUUUACCAAGUGCUGUAUACCUAUAGCAGAUAGAUGGAUGAAGGGCCCGCGUAAUCGAUCGAUACAUGAAGCCGCUGCCGCUGACGUUGGCAAAACUGGCCAUGGUGUCUGUUGUGCGCGUUGUGUUGCCGAGACGUUGUUACAGGGUGCCGCGUUCGUUUCCCCGCGGUUCUGGGUCCGAUCCGUUGUUGUUAUUGUAAUUGAUAAUUGUUAUAAAUAAUAUUUAUUUGUAAAAACACAUAUUUUAGGAGUGAACCUCUGUGAAAUGUUAGUGGUACGACGACGCGGACAACAACAAGAACAACGUGGUUAGGGCGUGGUGUAAAGUUAGCGCGUUACCGCUUGCUGCUGCUGACGACGGCCUCUCCGCAGACGCAAUACCCCUGAGCUUCAGUGCUUCUGAUCGGCGGUGACCACUCACGGACCACACAAGGGCCUGGUGAUGUAUGUUGGUUGGAACCCAAGGCUGACAUAGAGUUCUGGUGGGCCCUUGCAAUACCGUUAACUGGAGGAGAAGAAGACAAUUUAUUAAUAAAUAUUUUCAAAAAAAUCCGCUACGCUGGAGGUGAUAAAGAGAAGGAGGAUGGUUUCAUUGCCGAGCACUGAAUCUGGCAACAUGGAUAGAAUGGACCGACUGACGGACGACGACGAUGAUGAGCCUAGCAGUGGAUCAGAGGCCUAUGACGAUGGUGACCUCAUGCAACAAGCUAUGGAUGACGAUGUGACGGCCCAGCUCGCCGCUGCAGGUUGGCAAUACAAAUGCGCUAAUGGACCUGUUGGUGUUGCCGCUGCAGCAGCAAUCGUAUCAGCUAAAAAACGAAAACGACCACACAGUUUUGAAACAAAUCCCAGCAUUAGAAAACGCCAACAAAAUCGUUUAUUAAGAAAACUCAGACAAACCAUAGAUGAAUUUGCGACACGAGUCGGUCAACAAGCAAUAGUAUUAGUAGCCACACCUGGAAAACCAAAUAGUAGUUACAAAGUAUUUGGAGCAAAGCCUCUUGAAGAUGUAGUUAAAAAUUUAAAAUCAAUGAUUAUGGAAGAGUUAGAGAGCGCAUUAGCACAACAAGCACCACCACCUGUUCAAGAUGAUCCAUCGUUAUAUGAAUUACCGCCAUUAAUAAUUGAUGGGAUACCAACACCAGUUGAAAAAAUGACACAAGCACAGCUCAGGGCAUUUAUACCGUUGAUGUUAAAGUAUUCUACAGGUAGAGGUAAACCAGGUUGGGGUAGAGAAAGUACACGACCACCAUGGUGGCCAAAAGAAUUGCCAUGGGCAAAUGUACGUAUGGAUGCAAGGUCUGAAGAUGAAAAACAAAAGAUUUCUUGGACGCAUGCGCUGAGACAAAUAGUCAUAAAUUGUUACAAAUUUCAUGGAAGAGAGGAUCUGUUACCAGCCUUCAAUGAAGAUGAUGAUAAAUCAAAUAUUUUGGUUCAGCAGACGACACCACAUUCGUCGCAUGCAUCAUCAAGUCAAGGACAAAAUGAACAACAACAACAGCAGCAGCAGCAACAAACGGUGGGAGUUGUUCGGCUUAGCAGCACGGGUUCAUCUAAGGGAAACUCUUCGCCACAACAGAUUCUUUCCGCGUCACCUACAUCUCUUGCCACUGCCACUCAGGUGCUAAUGACAACACAGUAUCCAACAACUGUUUUACAAACGAUAUCGAAUCCAGAUGGAACGGUAUCAAUUAUUCAAGUAGAUCCAAGUAAUCCGAUAAUAACAUUGCCCGAUGGUACAACUGCACAAGUUCAGGGUGUUGCCACUAUUCAUACGAGUCAAGGUGACGUUCAAACAAUUGGCGAAGUAGGAGGUGCUGAAGGCAGUGUUUCUGUUGACAUUAACAGUGUCACUGAAGCAACACUGGGUCAAGACGGUCAAAUUAUUCUCACAGGAGAAGAUGGACAUGGCUAUCCAGUCUCAGUGUCCGGUGUGAUCACAGUACCAGUGUCAGCAAGUAUGUACCAAACAAUGGUGGCUAACAUCCAGAGUGAUGGUACCGUUCAAAUGGUCACACCAAUGGUACAAGUUCCAAAAGUUGAACCGGGAAAUGGAGAGACUAUUGAAGCUGUUACCAUUCAGGGUCAUCCGAUGACGAUGAUAAAUGCUAAUGGUGAACACCAGGUGUUACAAGUGAUAUCACUCAAGGAUGCUAAUGCAUUGACAAAAGCAAUGCAAGGCGAAAUAAUAAAAGACGAAGACAGCCAGCAACAGCAAACGGUAUCAAGUCCCGAAUGAAGCGAGGUUUACUCUAUAGUCUUGUCGGAAUGAUUUUUAUUACUAAUAUCGUUACAUACGAUCAUUGUAAUAUUAAUUACUUCAAUGGAAAUACGGCAAAUGACUAUAGAAGUACGAAUUUUAAUAAUUCAGUACUAAUUACUGUGUUAACUGCACAGUAACUCUACACUAUCUCUGCUUAUGAAAUUAAGGAGAGAUUUUAAAAAUGAAAAGACAUUAAAAAACAGACAUUGAUUGAUAAAUUUAAUUAAAAAUAAUAAACAAUCUGAUGAGUGUGCAUGUUAAAGCGUGGUUAGAUUUUUUUGAUCUUAUUAUAAUAAUUAGAAAAAAAAAUGUAUUACUGUAAUGUGUUUUAUUGAUGGUGAUGAUUAUGGUAAAGAUAAAUGAUGAAUGUUAUAAAAAAUCAUUCGAUUAGAUCUUAAGAAUUAUUAUGAUUAUUAAAAAUAUUGUACUUUAUUAUUAACAGUUGUUUUAAAAAUAUUUUAAAUUCAAAAAAUUAUUAUUUUUUUUUUGUUUAUUAUUUUAUUUUCCGUUCUGUUUUGUGAGUUAUGAUUUUUGAAAGUUUUUUUUAAGAUUGUAGUAAUGCCAUUUAUGUUUAACGUUCCCUGGUAAAUAAAUUAGUACAUUUUACAUAGGUCUAAUAAUUAAAUCUAGUCACAAGUUAUAAAUAUAAAUAUAUAUAUUAUUAAAAUAAACGGGGGAACGUAAAAAAUAUAUGGCAGUGUGUGAAAUAAUUAUAUUUGAAUAAAUAAUUAAUUGAUAAAUUAAUAGUGAAUCUUUAAGAAUUUACGUUGAAACAGUCUUCGAAAAUUAGAUUCACAUAUUUUAAAAUAUUAAAUAAAUGAAUUAUUAAUUAGAAAAAAAUAAAUAACAGUUUAUGAAAAAAUAAUUAACUGUAGACUUAACUAAUGAAUUUAAAUAAUUUCACUCGUUUAAUAAUUUAUCCAGAGUAUAAAAAAUGCCGGGAAUAUGUGGCAAUUUAAAUAAUUCGUACGUAAAUUUCAUUACUCUGGAUACGAGAUAAAUUUAAUUGUUUUUAUUUUUAUCAUUGUUUUAAAUUAAUUUUUUUUUAAAUCUAUCAAACGACUAAUGAAAAAUUUUAAUUGUUGUAAUGAUAAUUAUUUAAAAAUAAUUAGAAGUAAUUUAAAAAAAAAACAGUACAGUACAUAUUUAAAAAAUUUUAGUUGAUUCGUAGAGAAAUAAAUAAUUAUAUAAAUUAAGUAACAAGUAAUUGAAAUAAUAAAUAGUAUAAUUCAUUACUAUAAUUACAGUAAUUAUAAGAAUUUCAUAAUCUGUUUUAUAGCACCGAUAGGAAGACUAAGCAUUUCUGACGGGUACAAAUAGGAUAAGACUUUAAAUAUAUUUUUGUUUUUUAUUUUUUAAUCCGUAUUCAGUUUAAAUUAUCAUUUUUUUAAUUUAAAUAUUUUUUUAAGUAUUAAUAAUUAUCACUAAGAAUCAAUAGAAAAAUAAAUACAAAAAAAAAAUGUCAAUAUUCUGUGCAAUUUUAUUUUAUCAUUUUUUUUUUUAAUUUUAAUUACGUUGUCAUUAAUUAUCAUAAAUAAAAGUUAUUUAAAUAUAGUAAGUGAUUAGAUUCACACUGUGGUUUUUCUAGAACUGAUUAAUUUUUUCAAUUAAACUAUCAUUGAAACAAAAUAUGCAGCCACCCUGUAAAUUAAAAUAUUUAAGUAAAAACUCAGUACGCAGUAUAUCGUGUCAUUAACUUGAAAUAUUUAUACAUAUUUAUUAUUAUAUAAUAAUAAUAAUGAUAAAAAUAAGUUUAUUAUGUAUGUUUACGACUAUAACGAAUUAACAGUGUACUCAUGUAAUGUAAUUUGUAAAUAUUCUGUGUGUCGCCCACUCUGCUUUUGUUAUUUUAAAUGUAAGAAAAAGUAAAAAACAAAUAUGCAAAAGAAAAAAAUUUAAAUACGUAAAUAAUUAAAUACUAAUUAAUUAUAAUAAAAUAAAAACUCAGUAGAAAUGAAAUAAUAUGACGAUAACACAAGAAACCAUAAAGAAAAAAAUCAAAAAUCCUGGAUAUUUAAUUUAAUUUUGUUACUUUUUAUCAAUAAUUAAUGUACAACUUAAAUGUAAAAGGAAAUUUAACUAAUUACUGUCUUAAAUACCUUUAUCACUAGUAAUUUAUUGAUUUAUUUUUUAUUAAAUCGUUAUUAUAUUUACUCACAAUGAUAUUUUAACAAGAAAAUAUUACAAUGAAUUUAUUAUAAUAAUUAACUAACUCCAAUGCGUAUCAAUAUUAAUUAUUGUGACUUAAAUAAGACUAAUUAUUCUUCUUCUUCUUAUUUUUUCUUCAUUCUUUAAUAUUUUUAUUUAAGCGGUUAAUUUAAUUGUUGAUUUACAUAUCGUAUGGAGAUAUGAGCGCUAACUCUGGUUUGUCGUAUCCCAUUUCUUCGGGUGUAAGAAUACCCAACUCAUCGAGAGUCGGUCUUAUUUCCUGGACAACGUAUGGCCAAAUUACGUGGGCUUGAUCUCCACCCUUGUAUCUGACAACUUCGAGAAAUCUGACAGCCAAAGCGUAAU